AUGGGCGAAUGCAUCUUUUGUUAUUAUACCAACCUUCCUAUUGAAGUGUUUGUAUAUGAAAACAAGACAUAUAAAACAUGUGCUAUAUGUAAAGCUACUAGAGCUAAAAAGGCAAACACCAAAAAAAAUACAUUUGCUAAUAAUAUUAAUAGUGAGAAAACCUCUGUUAAAACAAUUUCUAUUGAAGAAAUUAGCAAUCAUAUUGCAGAUUUGAUUUCUAGUUUAGAACACAAUGCAAUACUUUCUUCUACAUUAUAUAUUAAACUUGAUGAAACUAUGCUAUGUGCUGUUGGAACAGAUGUCGAAGUAAUGGCCAAACUAAUUGUUGAUGAAAUUGAAGAAGGUGAUAAUUUUGGAUGGAUGUAA